GAAGGCUGCGCGCUCCUUUCAUUACCACGUUGCUCAAUGGCGUCAUGGGUACAUGGUGCCAGGUCCGCCCUGCAUCAAAACAAAUGCGAGGCUGCCAGAAAUAGACUGCUUCGGCGACUGUCAGCUGCAGGCACAUCAAACCUGAUGUUGAAUUGACCAACAAUCUCGCAGUCGGCGUAAGCAGGGCUGAGGGCAAGUAGAGCAGUAAUGACGCACACUAACUAUGCUUCACCGCUUCGAAUCGUACCCAUGAGAUCGAGAUAUCAUUAUCGCAUUCAUCGAUUUAGCUGUAGGAGCAGGAGAAGCACGUUACAGAGCAUGACAUCCAUGGGUUGACGGUUUCACGUGCCUUCGUGGGCCUCGCCCCGCGCUUUCCCGCGCUCCCGUCGCGACUGCCUCAGCAUUGACUCAGUCCACCACGUUCCCCACAUACGUCAUCUUCAAUUUGACACAGCACCAUGCACUCAUACCAUCGCGCGUUACAAUGGCAUCGCCAGUAUUGCCAUCCAGCCGCCACUUCGUAACGCAGCUACUGGAUUCGCUAGCAGCUCCGCCGUCAAUUGACAAGGCUACUAUUGACAAGAAGAAUGCCGACACAAACCCACUCAACAAUGUGCCAGACGCGACAAGGAAACAACUACUUUCGUUGCAAGUCCUCUUCCCAAACGAGUUUGUGCCAGCGUUGGACCUACUUGAUCGACGGCUCGUGACACGGUUUCGUAUCUGCGAUGAAGCAGAACUUGCUGCGUGGGCGACAGCUGCAGAGCAAAACGAUGUGGUGACAGUGGAGGAUGUACAGAUGCAAAACACACAGGAUACAUUGCCAUCACGUCGCGAAGACGCACAGCAAGAGCAAGCAGGCACCCACGCACACGCUGGAAACGCAAACGAGUCUACAGAUCAAGACGAACCAUCAAGCCACACCACCACCACUACUACAUCAUCGGAAACCUACAACCUAAACACAAUAUACUACGUCCGCUCCGCCCAACACCGUCCCUCUCGCUUCUCUACCUCCUACGACACCCUAACGACUUACCAAGUGCGUCUAACAAGCUGGAAUUGUUCCUGUCCUGCAUUCGCAUUCGCUGCUUUCCCUGCUGGCCAAACCUCUCCUCUUGUUCCUCUGGACAAGCCAACCACACAGACUCAAGAUAAAAUGGGGGACAAUGCCUGGGUAUUCGGUGGUAUAACACUGGGUUCUGAUAUGCCACCAGUGUGUAAACAUCUGCUAGCAUGUGUGUUGGUAGAGAGGUGUAAGGGAUUGUUCGGGGGUUUUGUGGAGGAGAGGAAUGUUAGUGUUGAGGAGGCGGCCGGGUGGGCUGCUGGAUGGGGAGAUUGAAGACAUUUCACUGGAAGUCGUAUUUACUGGACUGAUGUCUCGAUGUCUUUGGACCAGAUCGAUGUACAUGGGCAUCGCAGGGAAAGGUCUGUGUUGGGAGAUGCUGUUUGCGAUACCCCAUGCCGCUGCAGCACGGCUUAGAUAGAAAAGAAAAUAGCACCACAAUGAUCUCAGACG